UUGAUAAUAGACCAUUCGCAUUCGUUUACAGAAAUAUCAAGCCUGCCGUUUUCGUCGAACUUACAGUUUUUGAAUUUAAAGUUGUUACAAUCGUACAGACAGCUUUUGAUACAAAAAAGCAGAAACGCAUAAUAAUCUAUGACCGGGAUUUAGGGCACUAGCUAGUAGCGUUUAUCUCUUCAAACGGCUGGAAAAUAUUCAAUAUUCUGUUAAUGGCAAUGUCGAUAAGGGCUGGAGUGUCCGAGCUUUCAAUGCCUUUGAAAAGAGAACCGUUGCCUUGCAAAAUCACCCCAGGUAGUCAAAGGAGAUUACCUGGAAGGAAUCGCAAGGGUUUGUUAGUGCGAGCAGGUGCCAACCUGAGCAUUACAUUAGAUGUUAAAACUCGCAGACCAGAGGUUGUUAGCGCCAUAGAAGAAUCUUUGUCCAACUGUUUGUCCGAAACUUUUCUGGACAAAACUGUUCCAGGUGUAGAUACAAAAAUCAGAGGCAAGGUAAGAGAUAUUUACAGUGCUGGAGAUUAUUUGAUCUUGGUCACAACUGAUCGUCAGAGUGCAUUUGACAGGAUUCUCGCUUCUGUCCCAUUCAAGGGACAGGUUUUGAACCAGACAAGCCUAUGGUGGUUCAAUAAUACAAAAGAGAUUGUACCAAAUGCUGUAGUAUCAGCACCUGAUCUUAAUGUAACAAUUGCCAAGAAAUGCAGAGUUUUCCCUGUUGAGUUUGUAGUUAGAGGAUUUGUGACUGGAACUACUAGUACCUCACUGUGGACUGUUUAUAGCAAGGGUGUGAGGAACUAUUGUGGAAAUGUACUCCCUGAAGGUUUAGUUAAGAAUCAACAACUCGAGAAAAAUAUUUUAACUCCAACAACAAAGGCAGAAGAUCAUGACGUUCCAAUAUCUCUCGAAGAGAUAGUUGAACAAGGGCUAAUGACAAGGGAUGAACUGAAUGAAGUAUGUGCGAAGGCCUUGGCACUCUUUGAACAUGGGCAGAGUGUGGCAUCCAAGCAUGGUCUUUUAUUAGUGGACACAAAGUAUGAGUUUGGCAAGGCAGCUGAUGGUUCCAUUCUUUUAAUUGAUGAGGUGCACACUCCAGAUUCAAGUAGGUAUUGGAUUGCUGCUUCAUAUGAGGAUCGCAUAAAGAAAGGAUUAGAACCUGAAAAUAUAGAUAAGGAAUUUUUGCGCUUGUGGUUCAGUAAAAAUUCUGAUCCCUACAAAGAUGAGGUUUUGCCAGAUGCUCCACAGGAACUUGUUUCUGAGCUUGCAUGGCGUUAUAUUUUCCUAUAUGAAACAAUAACAGGCAUGGAGUUCGACCUGCCAGAAAUAAAGGAGGAGUCAAUACAUGAUCGGAUCACGAGGAAUGUUAAACAGGCAAUGUUGUCCCUUUAACAUCCCCUGAAGUGGGAUGCACAAAUAAGUGCUUUGGGAUAUCUUCUAUUUUAAUUUGCAGAUAUAGUGUAACAAAUAUUUUGAAGUAUGAAUUUGCACGAUAAGAAAAGAUCAAACUAGAAAAAUAAAAUUAUGCUCAUUAUGUGCCCUCAAACUGCUUGUUUGCCCUGCUCCUUUUGAUAGGAGUUUUGGGAUGAAAGAAGGCAAUCAGAAAGUAUAAUUUUUUUCCACAUUUGGGAUAAUGUUCUAAUGUCUGAUAUAUGAUAAGCUGUGGCUUCUCGUAAACAUAUUCUCUUUAUCUCUAUCAAAUUUAACAGUAUUGGCAUUGGCAAUAUAUGGCACUUUCCAUUUUUUGAA